UCCCGGUACCGGGGGUUGGAGGGGAGCGGGGGAUAACCGGAGCCGCUCCCGGUAACGGGAGCCUGAGCCUUCCCCGCCGCCGUUACCGGCCCCUGCCGAAGGGGGGGUUGCGAGCGCGGCGCGAUGAGACCGGAGCGGUGCUGAGCCGGGAGAGGGGCCGCGCCAUGACCUCGGCCCGGGAGGCCGCCGGUUCCCCCCCCGGUUGCCGGCGGAGCGCCCUGGAGCAGCUGCCCCCGCCCGCCGGCUCCAACAAACCGCUCACCCCCUUCGGCAUCGAGGACAUCCUGGGCCGGCCCCGCGGAGGGAGCCCCCCCGGUACCGGUACCGGCCCCGCCGCCACCCCCGCCCGGCUCCCGGAGAAGGCUGCGGGGCCCCGCGGCGGCGGCAUCGCUCCGUCCUCACCGCUCUGCGCUCUGGAGGAACUCGCCAGCAAAACCUUCCAGGGGCUGGAGCUGGGCCUGCUGCAGGCGGCGGAAGGUCGGGAGCCUUUGGCCGUUCCGGGGUCUCGCCCUCCGUGCAAGAAGCGUCGCAAGUCGCGGACGGCGUUCACGGCGCAGCAGCUGCGGGAGCUGGAGCAGCGCUUCCUGCGGCAGAAGUACCUGUCCCCGGUGGACCGGGACCGGCUGGCGGCGCGGCUGGCGCUGAGCACGGCCCAGGUCAUCACCUGGUUCCAGAACCGACGGGCGAAGCUCAAGCGGGACCUGGAGGAGCUGCGGGCGGACGUGGCCUCACUGCAGGCGCUGCCCCCGGCCGCCCUCCGGCACCUCGCCGCCAUCCCGGAGCCGCCGCCGCCUGCACCGGGCACUGGCCCCGCACCGGGCACCGGCCCCGCACCGCCGGCCGCGGAGCUCUCGGAGGAGGAGAUCGACGUGGGGGACUGA